AUGAAAUUUCUCAAUCGUUUCGCCAACUGCUUUGGCAGUAUAAAAGAUGACGCGGUGGGCGGCCAAGGCUGGACUGAGCGUAUCGCCCACGCAAUUGUCACAGGUCUAGAAGCGCUCAUCAAACAGGGCCGACAGACGAUUGGGCCAUUUUUGGAGGAAUUUAUUAAUAAGGCCGAAAAAGCUACAAUUUUUAAUUUCGAUUUCCCAUACGAAUACCCGUAUUUGACCGCUGGUUUUGCCAUUAUCGUUGCCGUCGGCGUGCUGGUGUUUGUGGCGCCGUGGGUUGUGGAAGCCCUUGGCUUUGCAGAACUGGGACCCGUUGUUGUUUGGUGGCAAUCUACCUAUGCUGGGUUUGUUCCUAAGGGCUCGCUAUUUAGCUUUUUCCAAAGGUUUGGUAUGGUCUGGGAAAGAUUUUAA